AUGCCCCCUCGUCGACAGAUCACACUGAAUCAAGAUGCUCUCUCCAAUGUGGAAGGCUUAAGUAUUACAAAGAAAGUUAUUAUGGUUCAAGCAAUAUUGGACAUUGCUAAUGUAACAUUAGAUCAAAUAUUAUCAU